UGCAGAGGAGCACAGAGAACCCGUGCAUUUCACACGGACAUCCAGAGAAGAAGAGAGACUAGUAUAGAGAUGCUACAGUAAACUGACAUUAUAGUAGCCACGCGUCUUCCUGACUGCAUUUACAGUCCAGAUUUACAAGAGGAAAAAAAGUUGGCAAGAGAGACCUUGCCCUGUCUCGCGACCGUUUUUCAUCUGCUUUAGAAAGUGGAAAGGCACCAAAGCCAUGCUACAGAGAAAGUAAGUUUCCUUUUUGUAUUUUUAAGAUAAUAAACUCCCAAAUGUGCUGAAGUCAUGGCAGCGCUAAGGCGUAAAUUUGGAGAGGACUACCAUGUGGUGAACACGAACAGAGGCGCGUCUUUCCCGAGCGCGCCGGUCAAGAAGAAGCGCCAGCGUUUCGUGGACAAGAAUGGACGCUGCAACGUCCAGCACGGGAAUCUCGGCGGAGAGACCAGCCGCUAUUUAUCUGACCUGUUCACCACGUUGGUGGACUUGAAGUGGCGCUGGAACCUUCUCAUUUUCAUCCUCACCUACACCAUCGCCUGGCUGGUCAUGGCCUCGAUGUGGUGGAUCAUCGCGUAUAUCAGAGGGGACUUGAAUCAUGGCCAUGACGCUUCGUACACUCCGUGCGUCGCCAAUGUUUACAACUUCCCGUCGGCGUUCCUCUUUUUCAUUGAAACCGAGGCGACGAUCGGCUACGGUUACCGCUAUAUAACUGAGAAGUGCCCUGAGGGCAUCAUCCUGUUUCUGUUCCAGUCUCUGCUGGGCUCCAUAGUAGACGCGUUCCUCAUCGGCUGUAUGUUCAUUAAGAUGUCCCAGCCCAAGAAGCGCGCGGAGACGCUCAUGUUCAGUCAGGACGCGGUGAUCUCACAGCGAGACGGAAAACUCUGCUUAAUGUUCCGCGUGGGCAAUCUGAGGAACAGCCAUAUGGUGUCCGCGCAAAUCAGGUGUAAACUCAUAAAGUCUCGUCAGACCCCGGAGGGCGAGUUCCUGCCAUUGGAUCAGUGUGAACUGGAUGUGGGCUUUGGAACAGGCGCUGACCAACUCUUCCUAGUCUCUCCCCUCACCAUCUGCCAUGAGAUCAAUCCCAAGAGCCCCUUCUUCGAACUGUCCCAACGCUCGCUCAUGAACGAGCAGUUUGAGAUCGUCGUCAUCUUAGAGGGCAUUGUGGAAACAACAGGUAUGACAUGUCAAGCUCGCACCUCGUAUACAGAAGAUGAGGUGUUGUGGGGUCACCGCUUCCUGCCCGUCAUGUCUCUGGAAGAGGGCUUCUUUCGGGUGGACUACUCCCAGUUUCACAGCACCUUCGAGGUUCCCACGCCACCCUACAGUGUGAAAGAGUACGAGGAGAAAUCCUCGCUCCUCUCCCCACUGGACACGCCGAACAGGGAGCGAGUGUUUUCCAUGGACUGCCUGGAAGCAGGUGAGGAUGGGGCGCAUCCCGGAAGCGCUUCUUGCAAGCUGCCCAGCAAACUCCAGAAAAUGAGCUCGUCUGGUAGAGAAGAUCUGCAGAGGAAGGUGCUACGCUUGAGUUCGCAGCCACCCGAAAAGGCUUCAAGCACUGGGGACCUUCCUCUUAAACUACAGCGCCUCGGCUCCAGUCCUGGGCAGGCUGAUGGAGAGGCACGAUUCCACCUCAAAGCCCUCAAGGUGGGUUUCCAGCCCAUGGCCAUGUCCACCGGGGACCUCCACCAGAGAAGUCUGCCUCCCACCCCAGCGGCCAUCCCCACACACCCCCACGGUCCUCCACACACGCCUGGUGGACGUCCAGAGGACAACUUGCCUCCCAAAUUAAGGAAGAUGAAUGCAGAUCGCUGACCUAGAAGUGCUUUUAAAACUUUCUCCUAAUCUGAGAGCAGUUUUUCCAUGUUUAUGUACAAUGAGCACAGACAACUGUGUCCAGAUUAGAGCAAAAUUAUUGUUUUGUUUGGAACUAAAUAAGGACUCCUGUAGAGUAACAACAACAUGUCAGGAAUUAGCUUUCUGACUGCACAAUGAAUGAAUAUUUGCAUUGGCUUGCACUGCAAAAGUAAUAACUUAUUUUUAAUUAGUAUUUUUGACUUUUACAGUAAAGGGUCUAAAAAUCCUUGAAAAACAAAAUAUUUAUUUUAAAAAGUUUAAUGCCUGAAGAUCCUGGAAACAAAAUAAACAAGAUAAAAACACUUGAAACAAGAUACAUUUACUUAAAUGAAACACAUAAUAUACUGUAUAUACUUAAAGUGUGGUGUCAGUAAGAUUUCUUGUUUUGUUUUGUUGUUGUAAGAAAUUAAUACUUUUAUUUUGCACUGAUGCAUUAAACUGAUUAAAAGUGACUAUGAAGAUUUACUUCACAAAAUAAUUUAUUUCAAAUAAAUGCGGUUCUGGUGAACUUUUUGAAUCUAAGUCCUAAAAAAAAAAAGUAUUGCAGUAUCCAUUCAAUACCGAUUGUGAUUACAAAUAUUGAGCAGCACAACUUGAUAAUAAUAAUAACUAUUUCUUGAGCAGCAAAUCAGCAUAUAUGAAUGAUUUCUGAAGGAUCAUGUGACACUUAUCACUGAUCAUGUGAGUAAUGAUGCUG